AUGCCCAUUCUCAGGGAUACAGGAGCAACUGUUGAUGAUGUUUGUCAGAAAUAUGUCAGUAGGGAUAGAAUGACAGGAGAACACGUUUGGGUUAAACAUAUUUUUGAUAACCAUAUGAUAUGUUUACUUGUUGCUAAAAUUGAUGUAGAGUGUGAUUUGGGUAUAAUAACAACUAAAGCUGUAGUUGUCGGAAAUGACUUAGAUCAGGGAUGUUAUCUUUUAGGAAACGAAACUGCGCCUCUUUUUGAACAAUCUGGGACAAAUGGUGGUUCAAAAAUUGAAACUGAAAAUUUCGACGACACGAAGUUAGACGUCGAAGAGGAAGAAGUUGAUAUUGAAGAGGAUGAGAUAGGGAGUAACUCACAGAUUAUUGAUGUUCUACCUCAAUCAGAUAAAAAUGAUUCUAUUCUAGAUAUUAUUAAAAUAGACUCUAAGAGUAGUGAUCGUUAUGAUCGAGGUGAUUGUAGCAUCUCAUCAGAUGAUUCGAUCGAUGAACGAGAGAACGAAGGAGAUCUUGACAUUCAAGAUUGUCCAAGAGGUUGGAUUGAUUUAUCUGACCCUGGUGAUCUGAAAGAGAGUAGUGAUCGUUAUGAUCGAGGUGACUGUAGCAUCUCAUCAGAGGAUUCGAUCGAUGAACGAGAGAACGAGGGAGAUCUUGACAUUCAAGAUUGUCCUAGAGGUUGGGUUGAUUUAUCUGACCCUGGUGAUCUGAAAGAGAGUAGUGAUCGUUAUGAUCGAGGUGACUGUAGCAUCUCAUCAGAUGAUUCGAUCGAUGAACGAGAGAACGAAGGAGAUCUUGACAUUCAAGAUUGUCCAAGAGGUUGGGUUGAUUUAUCUGACCCUGGUGAUCUUAAAGAGGGUAGUGAUCUUUGUGAUCGAGGUGACUGUAACAUUCCAUCAGAUGAUUCGGAAAAUCCUGAUGCUUUGAAUGAUUCGAAUGAUAGUGAAAUUUCUGGUUAUUUGCAUGGUUUUGCUGAUUCCAAAGAGGCAAGUGAUUCUAAUGAAUCCGAGAAUUUCUUUUCUUGGGACCGGAUGAUGCUAAAGGUUUCAAAAACUGGAGACGAUCUUAAAGAUUGUGUGAUUUCUAAUGGUGCCACUGAUGUUCAAGAUCUUGAAAAUAUGAAAAAUUCAUUUGAUCAUAAAGAUUCCAAAGGCACCAAUUAUAUAACAAAUUGUGGUGAUUAUACUGACCCAGAUGACAAUCUUGCUUUGGUUCAGAUGACUAUUUCAGAUGGUUUAGAAGCUCUUAAAAAUCCUGAUGAUCAUAACGAUUCAGGAGAGUCAAAACAUUCGAAUGACAGUGAUAUUCAUGAUAGUCCUACUGAUCGUUCUAAUUUAUCCAGCCCGGGAGGUUCUAAAAUAAUGGAUGAAUCUUGUGCUCCAGAUGAAUGUGAGGAAUUUUAUGAUCAGAACAUUCCUGGUGAUUUAAAAAAUCCUGAUGCUUUGAACGAUUGUGAAGUUAAAGAUGAUGCUCACGAUGCUGCUGAUAAUGAAAUGUGUGGUGAUUCUAAUGAUACAGAGGAUUUCCUUUUUUGGGUCAGGAAGAUGCGAAAGAUUGCAAAUGAUGAUGAUGAUUUUAAAGAGUGUGUUGAUUCUAAUGGUGCCACUAAUUCCAACUGUCUUGAAAAUGAAAAAGAUGUAUCUUCUCCGAACGGCACAAGGGAUAAUACAAACUACGGCGAUUAUAAUAGCCUAGAGGAUAAUCUCGCUUGGGUUCAGAAAAUAUUAACCAUUUUAAGCGGUUCGGGAAGCUGUAAGAAUCCUGAUGAUCAGAACAAUCCUUGUGAUUUUAAACCUUCUGAUGAUAGUGAUAUUAAGGAUUGUUCUACAGGCUAUGUUAAUUUAUCCGGCUUAGGUGAUCCUAAAGAAACUGGUGAUUCUUGUACGCUGUAUGAUCGGAAAGAGUUUGGUGAUUACACGGACUCAAAUGCUUUGGGAAAUUCUAGUGUUCUGAAUGAUUCAAAUGAUCAUAAAAUCUCCGGGUAUCAUCAGAGUGAUGCUGAUCCCGAUGAGUUGAGUGAUCCUAAUAAUCCAGCGAAUUUUCUUUCCUGGGUCAAGAUGAUGCGGAAGAUCGCAAGCGAUGACGAUGAUUAUAAGGAUUGUGUUGAUUCUGAGGGUGACAUUGAACUUAGUGAUCGUACUAAUGAGAAUGGUUUAUUUGAUUAUAGUGGAACAAAUGAUAACGCGAAUAAUGGUGGCCAUUGUAGUCUAGAGGAAAACCUUGAGUGGGUUCAAAUGAUUCUAAAGAUUCUAAAUGGUACGGAUGAUCCACAUCAUUCCUAA